AUGAAGAGCGUCAGUCGCUCAAGAGCACGGACGCUUGUUACGGCGCUUUCGACAUGGCCAACGACCGCAUCUGCUGCUCCUGCUUGCAGCAGUCUGCGUUCCCAACAGCGAGAGUACUCGGCAUCGUCCCUACCACCCCAAGCUCGCCGACAUGGCCGCUCUUACAAGGGCAAAGAGCGCUCCCUCCCGGCACUCGACACCUACUACCGCUCCAAUUCGACCAUCCUCUCACUGCGCGGCGUCCGUCACCUCACCAGCUCCGCCGCACCCACCCGUCUCGGCAUGGACUCCGAAGCGGACCUCGGGCGGCACUUCUACCUCAACAAAGUGCUCGAGCAAUGGGCGGCCAAACCUGCCACGCGAAUGACUCUCCGCCAACUCAUCUUCUUCGGUCGCACCCUCGGUCGUGAUCGCGAGAAAAUCCUCAAAUCCGCCAACUACGUCCGACAGGAACUCCCCGUUCGCAUCGCCCAUCGAAUUCGCGAUCUCCAAGCGCUCCCCUUCGUCGUCAUGACCAACACGCAUCUGGAGGACGUUUACCAAAAGUAUUGGUCUGCAUUCGAAACCUUUCGCCGGUUCCCUCAUAUCAAGAACAUGGAUGACAACGAGCGAUUUGUCAACCUCCUCAGGGGUCUGCUGGAUGAUCAUCUGACCAUCAUUCCGAGUUUGACCAUCGGUAUUGUGGAAAGUAGCCACCAUUUGCAGCCCCAGCAGCUGGAUAAGUUUAUGGAACGCAUGUUGCGAUCGAGGAUAUCGAGGCGGGUGUUGGCGGAACAGCACAUUGCAUUGAGCGAAGCACUGGAUGAUCCGUUUCACUUUUUCAACGAACCAGGCCGACCGGGACACGAGGACGAGAGCGAGGACGCUGUCGGUGAUCACGUCGGCAUCAUCUACACCCGACUCAGUGUGGCCAGCGUGGUGAACAAGGGCGUCAAGUUGCUGACGCAGAUGUUUGCCGAUGUGCAAGGUGUCACGGCGGACCGGAUACCGAGGGUGGUGGUGGAUGGGGAUUUGAAGGCGAGGUUCGCGUACAUUCCAGAGCAUCUGGAGUAUAUCGUGUUCGAGCUGCUGAAGAAUGCGAUUCGGGCGACGAUCCGGGCGCACGUUGGGGAGGACGAGGCGGGUACGGUGAGGGUGACGAUUGUCGAAGGACCACCGGAGGAGGAUCUGAUCAUCAGGAUCUCGGAUAGUGGCGGUGGGUUGCCGGAUCUCAUUCAUCAGCUGGCGACGCCUACGAGGCCAGCGACUGCGCAACCCGUGGCCUCGACUGGGUUCGCGAGCACACCCUCGCCUACCGCGAAUGGUGAGGAGCCGGCGUAUCCGAUCCCCUUCCCUGACAUGGGGCAUAUUGGAGGUUACCCGCCGCGUGGUUCGCGAGCGAGGCUGUUGCAUCCGGACGACGAGUCGAUCCCUGUGACGCUGAGCGACGAGACAAUGCCUCACGAGUUCGCGUCGCGAACCGAACCGGUGAGCUUCGCCGAACCGUGGGCUGAACCACCCUCCUCCUCUCGCCAGACCGUCCGUGGCGGUGUCGGGUCCGCCGGCGGCACGGGCGGCUCAACACCACCCAACGAGUUCGGCACCGUCGGCACCUCCACCUCUUCUACGGACACCUACUCGGAUCCCCUCAUCGAUGCGCUGUGCUCCUUCAGCAACGUUCGAAAGCGACUCGAGAUCGAGGCUCGAUCGCCAUCCCUCCCGCUCUCCCCACCCUCUUCCCCUGAACCAACAACGCCGGCGCACCUCACCCACGCCGGUCUCGGCACACGCUCGCGCUUCGACGCGCUCAAAACCAUCGGCAAGUUCAAAGGCACCGUGCACGAGCAAACCAAGCCCCACGCUAUGGAAGGCACCGGCCCUGCCGCACUCCACACCGUCCAAGUCGAAACAGGCCUCGGACUGCCCAUGGCCAAAGUGUACUGCGACUUUUUCGGUGGCAGUCUCAGUUUCAGGAGUCUGGACGGACAUAGUACGGAUAUCUAUGUGCGCUUGCCGAAGCUCGGGACGAAUAAGGAGACCAUCGAGGAGAUCGUGCUCUGA